AUGCGGUUCUGUAUUGUAAUUGCAGUGUGCUACUUUAAUGAAAUUUUUACUCAAGAAUGCAAAAAGGAUGAGCAUGCCAUUUUGGGCAUGAUGCUUCGAAGACACACCUUCAAAACUAUGAAAUCAUCGAUUGCGGCUGAAUGUAAUCAGGCGUGUAACGAUGAUUUCCGAUGUCACAGCUUCAACUACGUCAUUUCUAAUGAACUAUGUGAACUAAAUAACCGGACUAAGGAGGCCAGACCAGAGAACUUUGUGCCAAAUUCUGCGAGAUAUUAUGUUAAGAGUAAUAAGGAAAGAGGUCAGUUUAACCAUAGAAAACCCUCAUCAAUGAAGUGAAACCCAUCUGAACAAUAGUGGCUAGUCUUACUAGAAAAGUAAGACCAUAGGUGAAUGACAUAAAUUGGUCUAAAUUUAUACUUUGAAGUUAUUCCCACAUUUAAGUCAGAAGGCAAUUUCUAACCCGAAAGCCUUUUUCCAUCGAGAACCAUAGUAAACAAAAAUGAAUAUUUUUUUUUUCUUUCACUUGCGCACUGUAAUAAGACGGAAACCCGUAAUGAAGUUCAUGACGUCAAAACUUGCCAUCUCUCCAGUACAUGUAUAGAUUUAGUUUUAUUUUUAGUGGGCAAAUGGAAUUAGAAUUACAUUCUAAAGGAAAUGUUUUUCGACCUCAGUUCGUCUUGGUUCCAUUCCGGAAUUUCCAGCGGAUACAUGUGAGGAGAUACAACGAAGCGAAGAGGGAGAAGCGACCAGCGGCGAGUACUGGCUUUACUCCAUCACAACGGGAAAAACUGUUCUUGUUUCUUGCAAUAUGGAAAGAAAGGGUGACAAAACUGAAGUUUUUUUUGUUCUUGUAAUUGAUGUGGAUGUGAAAAUUUUAAUUCUUGUGAUUUACAGGUAGAGUAAUUGAUUUGUUGUGCACUGUUUGUCUCCUUUCGAUGAAAUCCUUGUCACAACCGUCAAAUAUAGCGGUAAAUGUCAUGUUGUUUUCUCAUUUGUCCAUGUCUGUAUUACAUCAGUUAUAAAAUUUGGGAACACCUUAACCAAAGUAAGGAUACGGUAGACCUUCGGAGGCCAGUUUUCUUUUUUUUGUUUUUUUGCACUAAUUAUUUUGCCUGUCAACACGAAUUAGAGAUACUUUUUGCGGCAAAACAUCUUAUAAACGGUAGCUCUUCAAUUUCAAUCGCAUAAACAUUUCCUGAUUUCGAUCGCACGUGAAGAUCUCUGCAAUCGGUUUGGGUGUAAAACUGGACAAAAGUCUGAGAAAGAUAGCCUGGUCGAGAAGAAAUUCGACUCGAAAAGGCGAAAAAGGCCUCUGAAACAGACAAAGGUUCGUGGUUUGAGGAAUUUUGGCUGAUCGCACUCGAUCGAAAAGUUUUACCGCGGCUGCUCGAGCCGUGUGAGACUUGAAAUUGCCCAUAAGCAGAGUUCAACAAGAUCUUUCAGUUGUAACUUGAAACAUAUUUUUUAACUUGCGCUCGGGGGAGGGUGUUCAAGUUGUUUACAUAUGGUCACCUGACUGACAUUGUCAAUAAAUUUUUCAACUGUUAAAAACUUAUUACUUUUUAACAUUUUGAUGUCAAUUUUAUUUUUCAUUGUUUUUUUUUUGUCAUUUAUAGUAGACGAUCUAGUUUUCUUUUUAUUUCAUGAUGGUAUAUUUGCUUAUAUUGACAGAUAUUGCUAAUUCUUUUAACCAUAUUUUUGGAGCCGGUGGUGGGAGAAAAGGACGCUUUGGCACUGUACAGACGUUCACUGUUCCACGGACCACCCGCUAUCUCAUCAAAGCCUGGGGAGCUCGGGGAGGAACACAUUCAUACGAUUAUGGAGACUAUCCAGGAACAUAUUAUGGUGGAAAGGGAGCGUUUAAAGAAGGGAAGUUCAGACUGAAUAAAGGAACAGUGUUAAAUAUUGUGGUGGGACAAAGAGGAGGAGAUUCAGUGGAGGUUAAAGGCGGACAAAGCACUAACAAAACAGCAGCUCAACUAGGAGUGUCCGUGGAAGACAAUGCUGGCACUGGAGGAGGGGGAGGAAGUUUUGUUUAUACUACAGCUGAUGUUCUGUUGCUGGCUGCCGGAGGAGGAGGGGGUGCGUCUGGUGGAUAUAAUGGUGUGGAUGGUCAGGCGGAAUCAAAUGGCACCAGUAGUGUAGGGCAGGUUUCGUCACAAGUUCGAAAUGGAGGCAUAGGUGGGCAGCCAGGUGAAUGCAACAGUGAGGGCGGUUACCACCAUGGAGGAGUGGGAGCGGGUUGGUUUGGUCAAGGUUGUACCCGGCUAGGCUCCUCCCAUGGGGAAAGAGGUGGAUCACGUGCGCAAGCGUGGAUCGGAGGUCAAGCCGGAGAUAUGAAUAGCGGUAAUAACGGGGGCCCUGCACCAGGAGCAGUUGGUGGGUUUGGUGGUGGGGGAGGUGGAGCAGAGGAUAAUGGUGCAUCAGGUGGAGGUGGUGGCUACUCUGGGGGAGGUAGUGGUACCCGUUGGCAACAAGCCGGAGGUGGAGGAGGCUCGUACUGUAAUGGCGAAGAUUGUUCCGGUUUGGCUGGUGGGAAUGCGAAUGAUGAUGGCCUUGUGCAAAUUAUGGAAUUGUUCCGCUAA